AUGGAUGAGCCACCAAGCCAAAGCCUUUCGACAGCCAACAAAGCUGGCGAAGUUCCUGUCCUGCUCCUUUCCGAGGACGAGCAGCGCGUCCUUGCUCUUUACGAUGAGCUUCGCGGCCUCGAAGUCAAGGUUGCUCUCGUGAAGGCGCAACAGAACUAUGUCUCAGACUCAACAACACCAAACACAGAAGAAAACAUAAGACGAGUCCAGCAGGACGCGUCAACGGCGCGUGCAGGAUGGCUUCUAAGGAACCAUAUCACGGAUAGCGUCAUGACUGCCAACCCCAUUCUCAAAGCCGUCCACGGGAGCACGCAGUCAACGCCCAUCGAAACUGACCUCCUACCGCACAUCCAAUUCCGCGAUAACAUCUCCGUUGCUCUCGCCAACAAAUCAGAAGACAUCCGCAAUCUCGCCAACCAGCUGACCGAGGUGGAGGCCGACACCCUCCGAGUAGGCCGGAAGAACGUCGAGCUCACGGCCGAGAUUCUAAGACUCGCCGAGGAUGCAGAGAAGAGAAGAGCGGGCGAGACCGACGACUCCGCCAUGCAGGAGGAUAUGACCAGACUCCAAGCCGAGAUGAAGGCGAGCAGACAGCGGUGGAAAGUCAUGAAAGGCACGGCCAGCGCCGUGGUCGUUGGGAGCGGGGUGGACUGGUCCAGAGAUGAAGCGCUGCGGGAUGUAGUACUGGACCCCGAAGAUGACGAAUAA